AGCAAGGUAAAAUUCCCACUGCGGAUACUUAGUGUGAGUUUGAGCAUUCCAAGAUUAUUCUGACAUCGUUUGUCGUUGAGUUAACACACGCAUUAACAAAAACGUCCGUGAAAUUAACAAAAAAAGAAACCAAAAAAAAGAAAGAUUUUCAAAAGAAAAGAAGAUAUUCAAAGAAACGGAAUAAGAGAAGAAGAAAAACACAAACAAGUGGAAAUAUAUACAAAAUAAAGAAGAAACAAAAACAAAGUGUUUUCCUCUUGGAUUAAAAGUGCAAAGCUUAGAAAAUAGACUAAGUCGAGAAUAUUUAACAAAAAAUUUGAAACAAAACCCCACAAACGGAUUUACUAAAAAAUAUUGAAAAUAUAAAAUCGGAAAAGAUCUAAAAUUCAAAAGUUUUUGAAACGUAAAAGCCCUAAAAACGGCGGCCCACGUUAUUCCAUCCCAAGCAUUUAUGACUAAAAUGAUUCCGCCGGUACCCACAUCAGCCGUCAUGAUGCCCACGCCAAAGCAAAAGAUCGGCUUCAGCAUUGAGUCGAUCGUUGGCAAUGAUGCCAAUACCCAAUCGAGCAACACAACUACCGUCGGCGAUGUGCGAUCCCCAGCCCAUGAGGAUAAUAACAGUGUGAACCACAACAACAACCCAUCAUCGCCACCUCAGACCCCACCAGCCAUGACCAACUUGCCACCCCAUGCCCAUUUGAUGCCAGGACAUCCUGGUCAUCCUCAUCACAUGGCUCCCCAUCACUUGUCCAUGGCCCAACAGCAGGCUUUGCAUCAGCAUUUGUUGAUGCAACACCAGCAACAUCAACAAAAUGCCGCCAAAGCUGAAAUCACGGAUAUCAUUCAAAGGCUACACAAUUCCGCAGCGGCAGUCCAUUUGAAUUCCAGCAAUGCCAGCAAUUCCACCUACAGUCCACCACCUCCCCAUACACGUCUCUCACCCGAUGUGGAGACCUCCUCCAAUUCCAGUUCUCAUCAACAAAUCCACCUGCCCAACUUGAAACGUGAACGAUCACCGGAUAGGGGCCAGGAGCAAUUGCAGAAUCCGGCCCAAAGACAUCAGCCACCACAUACUCCUCCCAAAUCUGUGUCGCCGCAAUCCCAUCCCUCACCACCACCCAGCAGUAAUUUGAGCAGCAGUCCAGCCACCCCGCAACACUAUGGCAAGCCACCAAAUGCUGGAGGUUUGACACCUAUUCUUGUACCUGGUAUGCCACCGGCCAACAUUGUCAGGCCCUUCCCCAUGGGACCGGCCCCUCCACCACCACCACCUCAACAAGGAAUGCCUGAUAUCAAGGCCCUGCCACCCUAUAUCAAUGCUCCACCAGAAUUGCCGCCCCAACACAAUCCUCAUUUGAUUGCUGCUGCCCAAUUCCAGAUGGCCCUGCAGGCGGGUCAUGUUUUGGGCCCCGCUGCAGCGGCGGCAGCUGCCGCUGGAUUACCUCCCCAUGCUGGGCCAUUUAUGGCUGGCCCUGGCAUGCCCAGGGAUAGUUAUCCCCUGUAUCCCUGGCUGCUGAGCAGACAUGGAAGGAUUUUCCCUCAUCGUUUUCCAGGAAAUUUCCUUUUGCAACCUUUCCGCAAACCCAAACGCAUACGCACCGCCUUCUCACCCUCCCAGCUGUUGAAACUGGAACAUGCCUUCGAGAACAAUCAAUAUGUUGUGGGUGCUGAACGCAAACAAUUGGCCCAAUCGCUAAAUCUCUCGGAGACCCAGGUGAAAGUAUGGUUCCAAAAUCGACGCACCAAACAUAAACGCAUGCAGCAGGAGGAUGGCAAAGAAGGUUCCGAUCGCAAGGACGGCAGCUGUGACGAGGAAGAUGAUGAACUCAUCGACAUGGAAAUGGAUGACUGUCCAUCGGAUGAUGAACAUGAAUUGGAUGCCAGCCAUUAAAAAAAUAUCGACACCACAGAAAAAGGGAUCAAAAUUGUCAUGGAAAUCCCCAAUUGUUAUUGCCGUCGUAUUCAGAGUACCUUUUCCAUACAAAGAAAGAAAGAAAAAAAACCAAGAAGAAAACUCAUCGAAGCGCCGUAUGACCACAAGUGGCGUU